AUGGCUCUAAUCUCACUCGCACAAGCAUGGCCGACACUCCCCUUCGCCAUCCUGUGUUUCGUCCUCCUUGUACAAAUACGAUCGCGCCUCAAGAGUCGUUUACCUCUACCUCCAGGACCAAGUGGACUUCCUUUCGUCGGAAAUGUACAAGAAUUCCCACUCACCCCAGAGCGCAUCUCCGCCUUACAUGCUCAAUACGGGGAUCUUGUACGGCUUACGAUUUUUGGCGAUGAGUUCAUCCUUUUAGGAUCCCAUGAGUCCGCGGUCGCUCUUCUCGAGAAGCGUUCGUCCAAUUACUCUGGAAGGAACAUGUUUGAAUUGGCUGAUAUGACUAAUUUUGACUGGCUUUUGACGUGGAUGCCUUACGGUACACACUUCCGCAAAGUUCGAGGCUGCUUCCACCGUUGCUUCAAUGCGACCGCCAUCCAAGCAUAUCGACCCAUCCAGCAGGAAGAAGUCAAGCGUCAUCUUCUCCGCCUUCUCGAGCACCCCCGAGAUUUUUAUGAACACGGGAGGAAGUUGAUAGGAACUGUGAUAAUCCGCAUCGUCUACGGGCUCGACGUGAAGGACUCGUUGCCCGGCUGUCCGCCGAACAAGUACAUCAGCAUCGCCGAAGAAUCAAUGUCCGCGUUUUCUGUCAUAUUCCAUCCUGGACAAUACUACGCGCAGUCGUUCCCGUGGUUGCGCUACGUACCCGCUUGGUUUCCAGGUGCCAGAUUCCAGCGAGAUUUCGCCGCAUGGCGACCGAUCGUGCGGAGUAUGCUCAACGUUCCGUGGAAGGCAGCAGGCAAACUUACAGUGCGUUCCGAAGGUAAAAUGCCUCCGUGGACGUUCUACGCCAACACGAUGGAGCGUAUCGAAAACAAUGAAGAAGAUGAGUACGCCGCCAAAUGCACUGCCGCGUCCGCGUACUUUGGUGGAGCCGAUACCACACUUUCUACGCUGCAAAUAUUCACGGCGGCAAUGGCCUCAAGUCCGCACGUACAGAAACGCGCGCAGGAGGAGUUAGAUGCCGUCGUCGGUCCAGGUCGCUUGCCGACGCUCGAGGACAAGCCGUCAUUGCCCUACGUCUCUGCGGUAGCGAAGGAAUGUCUUCGUUGGAGACAAGUGGUGCCUAUCAACGUUCCUCACAUAUGCUCGGAAGAGGACGAAUUCAAUGGCUAUCGCAUCCCCAAAGAGGCGCGUGUCAUCUCCAACGCAGCCGGUUAUUCAAUGGAUCCGAAAAACUACCAGGAUCCCGAGACGUUUAAUCCAGAUAGGUUUCUCGUCGAUGGCAAACUCUCAAGCGAGAUUCUCGAUCCCGCUAGCUUUGCUUUUGGGUACGGGCGAAGGAUUUGCCCGGGCCGACAUUUCGCGGAAGGGGCCGUGUUCCUGAUGCUCUCGAAUAUCCUUCAUACCUUCACGAUCGAAUCUGGCGCAGGCGAAGCCGGCAAAGCUGCUCCCUCAGAUGUUUGUAAGAUGACGUUGGGGGUUGUUUCGUUUCCCGCACCAUUCGAGUGCAACUUCAAGCCCAAAUCCAGUGAUGCGGAGGCGCUUAUUCGAGCCAGUGCUUCCGAUUUGGCGUAA